GUUCUCUCUCUUCAAGACUCCAACUGAAGCUAUCCCUUCUCUCUCCUCGUCUGAUAGUUAUCAAUAGAUCUUCGUAUCUAACCUCUUUUCUUCUCUUACUGCCCUAUAACAAGGGUUGACUCUUCCAGAAUAUCUCACUAGAUCUUCUUCCGUCUGGUCAUUAGGAUCUGAGGGUUUUACAAAAUCUUUUCUGGAUCAAACAAUUGGUGGAAGACAUGCCUGUGGAGGUCAUGAGAGCUGAAAUCGUACAAGUAGCCGUUAAAGAUGGAAACGAAGAGAUAGAUAGCAGAGAACUGAAUCAGGGUUUGGCGCUGGAUGAGCCAAUCAAGUUUGGUUCACAUGGAACUGAUGGUCCCGUCAAAGCAGAGGUGAAUGCUCUUCCAGUUGCUCCGAAGGAUGCUGCUGAUGAAUGGCCUGCACCCAAACAGAUCUAUUCCUUUUAUUUCGUCAAGUAUCGGUCAUAUGAAGACCCUAAGCUGAAGGCCAAAAUUGAUCAAGCUGACAAGGAGCUUCAGAAAAAGAAUCAAGCUCGACUUAAGAUCAACGACUUAAUAAGGGAGAAGAAGUCGGAACGAGCACAGAUUAUUUCACAAUUGAAGCCUUUAACUGCUGAAGACAAGCGAUAUAGGUCAAUUGUGGAUGAGAAGAGAAAGGAAAUGGAACCCCUUCAACAGGCUCUUGGGAAGCUGCGAAGUGCAAACAAUGCAAGCCGAGAGAGGGGUAUUGGUUUAUGUUCAUCUGAAGCAGAGCUUAAUGAAUUUAUUCAAAGUUUGCAUUAUCGGAUGCAACAUGAAAGCAUAUCAUUGGUUGAGGAGAAGCAACUCCUUAGAGAAAUCAAGCAGCUUGAGGGCACAAGGGAGAAAGUUAUAGCUAAUGCAGUUAUGAAGGCAAAGAUUGAGGAUUCGUUGGGUCAGAGAGGAGCUAUUCAGGAUCAGGUCAAACUUAUAGGUGUUGAUUUGGAUGGAGUAAGAAAGGAGAAACAGACAGUUAGAGCAAAAAUUAAGCAUUUUGAGGAAAAACUGAAGGCCAUAGACAAUGAGAUUAGUUCAUUACAGGAGGAACUGAUGGCUGUGAUUCAGAAAAGGGAUAAGGCAUAUGAAAGCCUUGUUGAACUGAGAAAACAGCGUGAUGAAGCGAAUGCUCACUAUUUCCAAACUCGUGCACUCUUACAUAAUGCCCGAGAACUUGCUGCAAAGAAGGAUAUAGCUGCACUGGAAGAACUAUCUCACACAGAGGUUGAGAAAUUCAUGUCCCUCUGGAGUAGCAAUAAGACUUUCAGAGAAGAUUAUGAGAAAAGAAUCUUGCCAUCACUUGAUGCCCGUCUGUUAAGUAGGGAUGGAAGAAUGAGGAACCCCGACGAGAAGCCAUUGUUUUCAGUGGCACCGGCACUUACUGAACUAGAGGUAGUGGCAAAGGCCAACCUAAAACAACCAAAAGAAGAUUAUAGACCUACUACCCAAAAUGAUGUCAUUCCUAACAAGAAGGUACAGAAAGAACACAAUGAUAAAUCAACAGAGUUGUCCACAGUGAAAGUUGGUAAUCAAGAUGAGAACAUAUCUGGAUUUGAAAAACCAGUUAAGGAGUCUUCUACUGUCAAUGAGAUGGAUGCAGAAAAGUUGAAAGAAAUGAAAAGAGAAGAGGAAAUUGCAAAAGCUAAGCAGGCUUUUGAGAGGAAGAAAAAGUUGGCAGAGAAAGCAGCAGUUAAGGCAGCUGUAAGGGCUCAAAAGGAAGCUGAAAAGAAACUCAAGGAGCGAGAAAAGAGAGCAAAGAAAAAGGCUGCAGCAACACAACCUCCGAUCAGUCCUGAGGAGCAGACUGAAGUAAAUGGAGAGGUUGCUGAACCAGAAAAGGCAGAAGAAAGUGUUGAAGGUCCAGUCCCAUCAAAGAGUAAAGAUCAAAAGGAGAAUACGGUUAGGUAUAGAACUCGAGCAAGAGGUCAAGACCCAGUUCCAAAAGUCAUGUUUAAACGGAAGAAGUCAACUCCCUACUGGGUCUGGGCUGUUCCUGCUGCUUUGAUGGUGGUCAUGCUCGUGGCCCUUGGUUACUACUAUUUUCUAUGAAAAACCAAACAAGUAGGUAAUUUUAGACUGGUUAAAGAUUAAUUUUCCGGCUGAUGAGCUUGCAACUGGCUUGUCCUUGUAGUGGGCAACUUUUAUUCUUGUUUUUUACAUCCUUGGGAGGGGAUGGACUAUAAGAUCAUAAUGUUGUUGGUUGCUCAUGCUGUGCUGGAGCACCUUGAGGGAUUGCAGCCAAAGCAUAUUUUUAGUUUUAUUGGUGUACUUCUAACUUCUAAGCUAUGACACCUUAAUGUUCAAAGUUUAUAUUUAAUGCCAUGUUGAAUAGUAAAUCUGAUCGAGCAGGCUUUAGAUUGGCCAA